GGAUGGUCGGGACCUUUUCUUUUCCGCACAUCUUCGUCAACAGAAAUCUGCCGUGAGCCAAAAGAAAACAGAGCAUGGAAAUCCCCGCAGCUUCAGCAUAAUGCAGCUCCGGAGCACCAGCAGCUACGCCCAUCUCCUGAGCCUCCUGCGAUCCUGCAUCGACGCCAGGUCCUACCAGACCGGCAAGCUCCUCCACGCCCGCGUCCUCCGCCUCGGCCUCCUCGACGCCACCUUCCUCUGCAACCGCCUCGUCGAGCUGUACGCCGCGUGCGGCGCGACGAGGGACGCCCGCUCGGCGUUCGACGCCACGCCCCGCAAGGACGUCUACACAUGGAACGCGAUUCUGGGUGCUUACUGCAAGGCCGGAGAGUUGCAGUCCGCGCGCCGGCUGUUCGACGCAAUGCCCGAGAGGAACUGCUUCUCGUGGAACAACGUGAUUAGCUCCUUGGUCAGACAUGGGCUCGAACGGGAGGCCGUGGAGGCUUAUCGUUCGAUGAGAUGGGAUGGUUUUGUGCCUACCCGUUUCACUUUGGCCAGCGUGUUCAGGACCUGUAGUGCUUUGUUGGAUGUAGAGGUUGGCAGGGGGAUUCAUGGGCUUGCUGUGAAGAUCGGUCUGGAGAAGAAUAUUUAUGUCGGUAACGCUUUGUUGUGUAUGUACGCUAAGUGUGGGCGCAUUGAAGAUGCCAUUCGGGUUUUUCAAGAUUUGCCUGAUCCAAAUGAGGUUUCUUUUACGGCAAUGAUGCAUGGCCUAGCGCAAACUGAUAGAGUCACAGAGGCUGUUGAGAUGUUUAGAUUGAUGUGCAGACAGGGGAUGCAUAUUGAUGCCAUCUCCCUAUCAAGUGUUUUGGGUGUUUGUUCUAGUGGGGGAUAUGAUGAAUCUUCCCUAGAUGGUUGUGGUGGUGGGCAUUCGUGCAUACUUCAGGGCCAACAAGUGCAUUCCCUCAUGAUUAAACUUGGAUAUGGGAGUGAUCUUCAUUUGAACAAUGCAAUAAUUCAUAUGUAUGCAAAGAAAGGAGACAUGGAUAGCGCCGAGAUGAUUUUUAGAAAUUUGUCAGAGAUUAGUGUGGUUACGUGGAAUCUGAUGAUUGCUGGGUAUGGGAACAAAUUUGAAAGUGACAAGGCCAUAAGAUAUAUGCAGAGAAUGCAGUGCUGCGGUUUUCAACCAAAUGAAGUCACCUUUAUAAAUGCGCUUGUGGCAUGUGUAAAUUCUGGGAAUGUUGAGAUGGCUAGUCAAGUUUUUGCUGGGAUGUUGUUUCCAACAGUUUGUUCCUGGAAUGUCAUGCUGUCAGGGUAUUUUCAGAGUGAGAGCCACAUUGAGGUGAUAAAGCACUUCCAGAAGAUGCAAUUUCUAGGUGUGAGACCCGAUCGAACAUCUUUAGCAACUAUUCUUAGCUCAUGUGCAGCGCUUGAGGUUUUGGAGUAUGGGAGACAGGUGCAUGCAGCCUCACUAAAGGUUGCCGGUAAUGCAGAUGUAUAUGUUACCAGUGGACUCAUCACUAUGUACUCAAAUUGUGGAAAGAUAGAGCUAGCGAAGCUCAUAUUGCAUAAAAUACCCAAACUAGAUAUCGUUUGCUGGAACUCAAUGAUGGCGGGUCUUGUGCUUAAUUCCCUGGACAUAGAAGCUGCUGUAUUAUUUAAUAAGAUGCAGCAAAUGGAGAUGCUUCCUACUGAAUCUUCUUAUGGUACUAUGUUGAGUUGUUGCAGCAAAUUUCGUUCUUCAGUUUAUGGGAGGCAGGUGCAUGCUCAAAUAGUUAAAGAUGGAUAUGCAAAUAAUGUAUGUGUAGGAAGCGCUCUUGUACAUAUGUAUUGUAAAUAUGGUGACAUAGAUGAUGCUCGGAGGUUUUUUGAGAUGAUGCCCUAUAAAAACACUGUUACAUGGAAUGAGAUGAUACAUGGAUAUGCACAGAUCGGCUUUGGACAUGAAGCUGUUUGCCUCUAUGAAAAUAUGAUUGGUAUGGGCGUGAAAACAGAUAGUGUUACGUUUGUUGCUGUUUUAACUGCCUGUAGUCAUGGUGGGCUCGUUGAUGCCGGAAUCAGUAUAUUAAAUUCAAUGCAGCAAGACCAUGGCGUAGAACCUCUUUUGGAUCAUUAUGUUUGCAUAAUUGAUUGUUUGGGUCGAGCUGGGUGCUUCAGUGAAUUGGAAGUGCUCAUAGAUAAGAUACCAUAUAGAGAUGAUCCAGUUUUGUGGGAGGUUAUACUUAGUUCUUGCAGGGUCCAUGCUAAUGUGAGUUUAGCAAAAAAAGCAGCUGAUGAACUUUUCCAUCUGGACCCACAAAAUUCAGCCCCUUAUUUGCUUCUUGCCAACAUCUACUGUUCAUUAGGAAGAUGGGAUGAAGCAAGGGCGGUAAGAAACCAAAUGAAUGAUAACCAGAUUGCCAAAGAUCCAGGCUACAGUUGGAUUGAUAUUAAGCACGAGAUACAAACCUGCCUUGGUUAUAAUCCUGAGGUUGUCCAAGAGAGAAUUGAAGCGUAGCAACCUGUUGAAAACAGAAUGAGGUAACCUGUUCUUGGACAAAUGGCAUUUUCCAAAGAUUUAGCUGGCCAGUGGCCAAGAAGCAUGAGAUGAUUAGAUCAGAUGCAUUCUUGCAGACAUCCAUGCAGAAUUGCACUGAUUUCUAUCCCAAGUAAAUGAGUGUCCUGCGGAAAUAAUGAUUAGAUCAGAUGCAGUCUUGCAGACAUGCAGUGGUCAACUGAUCUCUAUCGCCUUCUCCAGAAUUACCUCUAUGGGAAAACAAAAGGCACAGUUGGCCUGGUGUGAAGGACAGCUUGAUGAAUAAAGCUUUAGCAGCAAUUAGAUCUGGCCACCUCAGUCUGAAGCUCGAAGAGACUUAUUUUUCACAUACUGAGAGAGUUUUUCAAAUUCUGAUAUUGGAGGGAUGCAGUCUUGUGGUGCAGCUGCACAAGAAAUGUCUCUCAUUAUUCUGCCUGUGGAUGAAAGAAGUGGAAAACAUACCUCUGGUUGGGUUUAACUGACUUGACACUUAAAUCAAGUCCUUAACCAAAGUUGGGGGCUCAUGUCAUAAACCCUUCCGGCAGGACUGACAGGCUGUGGUACACUUCCAGAACUAGGAAGAGCCACAGUCCUGGUAGCUUGAAGAUCAUCUUGAUCCAACAAACUACUGAGGAUGAAUAAAAGAUGUUAGAAUUAGGAAACCCAUACUUAAGAAUAAUAGCCACAACGAUGUCAAGUCAUAUUCUGCAGUAAAACAGUCAUAAAUAAGUUAUUCAUCUCCAAUUUUAGUUCUAAUUUCUAUUCUGAAAAUUGUACAUCUCAUCCCUGGUAAAUUCUUCCUUUCCAUUUGAAACUAUGACUUAAUGGAAGGGAGUCCUUUUGCUUCUUCCAAAAUCAAUAACUCCGACAUCAUCCUCAAUACAUCACCCUUGAGAAUUCACCAUGAUGAAAUAUUAUUCUGUCAAAAAGUAAGCCUUUAUCCAGUCACCCUGAAGCUCCUUCUAAUCCCAAAAACCACAUGAUCCGAUGGCUUUGAGCAUCCACUGAUUUCCAGGACAAGUAAUGAGAGGAUUUAGUUUGAUGGCAUUUGAUGGACUGGUUGAUACAAUACAGCAUGGAGGGAGGGCGAAGCAGGAAUCUUGCCAUGCCUCACAAUUCAGUCAACGGAGUUGCUUGAGGUCAAUUGCCGAGGCAUUUGGUGCUACAGCGCUCUGCCUCAUCCAGCAUUGCUACCUCCUUUUUCAAUGAGACUGACUGCCGUGUGUCAUUUAUGAAUCAGGUACAUUAAAGAAUAUUCUAUAUUCUGGAGGGAUUUCUAUACGACAAAUCUUAAGAGUCUGGCUGAGGAACUCAACUGAAUGCUUUCACUCGCGCACAGGACAUGAUUAACCUAAGUCAAACAGGUUGGUGAACCUUGCCAACAACUUAUUUGAAUCAACCAUUCAAACAUGAAUGAAG